AUAAAAAACAAAGUUCCAUUACCGCCUGGUGUCUCUUCAACUAGUCUGCUUCCAAAGCUAAUACGCACAAAAGAUGUUAAGCAAUUACAGGAUGGAAGUACACAGUCCACGAAACCAAAAUUAACAAAAUGCCUUAAUACUUUGGAUUUAACUUCACUUGGAAUUGGAUCGUGCUGUGGCACUGGUAUGUAUUUAGUAACGGGAAUGGUUGCAAAAAACAUGGCGGGACCAGGUGUAAUUAUAAGCUUUUUAAUAGCUGCAAUGGCGAGUAUAUUUUCGGGAGCUUGUUAUGCUGAAUUUGGUGUCCGCGUUCCUAAUACUUCUGGUUCCGCAUAUAUGUAUUCAUAUGUAGCAGUUGGUGAAUUUGUUGCAUUCAUAAUUGGUUGGAAUAUGAUAUUGGAGUAUUUAAUAGGAACAAGUGCCUGUGCAUGUGCGUUGAGUUCGAGUUUUGACUCUUUAACUGGCGGUGCAAUUACCAGCAUCACAACAGAUUCAAUUGGUACAAUAUUUGGCAAACCACCAGAUUUUAUAGCAUUUGGCAUUACGCUAGUUAUGACCUGUGUUCUGGCAAUGGGCGCUAGUAAAUCAGUCAUAUUCAAUCACUCUCUUAAUGCGAUAAAUUUGGCUACGUGGGCUUUUGUUAUGGCCGCUGGCUUAUUUUAUGUAGAUACAAGCACAUGGACUGAACAUCAGGGUUUUCUUCCUUACGGUUGGAGUGGUGUGUUUUCCGGUGCUGCGACGUGUUUUUAUGCAUUUAUUGGUUUUGAUAUAAUCGCCACAACUGGCGAAGAAGCUCAUAAUCCGCAAAAGAGUAUACCUAAAGCUAUUGUUGGCUCACUAGUAAUAGUAUUGAUAGCGUAUGUGACUGUCAGCUUAGUAUUAACAUUAGUUGCAAGAUAA